AUGAACCGAAUGGGCAAAGACAGGAAGUCGGCGAAAUCCCUUUCGCUGGAAGAGAAAAAAUACCUGUUGGCUGUGCAGCGGGGAGACGUAGCCAACGUACAGAGGAUGAUCCAACGAGCCUUUCGAUCGGGCCACAUAGACAUCAACUGCGUGGACUCUUUUGGUCGAGGUGCUAUUAAUCUAGCGAUCGAAGCCGAAAAUUUGGAAAUGCUCGAAAUGCUGGUUGUAAUGGGAGUGGGACCCAAGGACAACCUGUUGCACGCCAUUAAUGCUGAGUUCGUCGAGGCUGUAGAGCUCCUUCUCCAAUACGAGGAACUGGUACACACGGAAGGCGAACCAUAUAGUUGGGAAAAAGUCGAUUGGGACACCGCUUAUUUCACUCCUGACAUCACGCCGCUUAUUUUAGCCGCACACAAGAAUAACUAUGAGAUCAUCAAAAUGUUGCUGGACCGAGGAGCAACACUUCCGAUGCCGCAUACAAUCAAGUGUGGGUGCGAGAAGUGUAUUACAUCUUCGAAAACGGAUUCGUUGCGAUACUCGAUGUGUCGAGUGAACGAAUACAGAGCACUGGCCAGUCCGUCGCUGAUCGCACUUUCGUCAGCUGAUCCAAUACUCACCGCGUUCCAGCUGUCGUGGGAGCUGAGGAGAUUGGCCAGAAUCGAAAAAGAAUUCAAAAACGAAUACUUGGAACUCCGACAACAAUGCGAACAAUUCGCCGUUGACCUGCUUCGACAAACGCGAAGCUCCUACGAACUAGAUGUGAUUUUAAAGCAUGACUCGGAAAAUGCACCCAGCAUAGGUUCCAUGAAACUAAGACUCGUCGAACUUGCCAUAAAAUAUAAGCAAAAAAACUUUGUAGCACAUCCGUAUAUACAACAACUUUUGGCAACCGUCUGGUACGAGGGUCUUCCAGGAUUUCGUCGCUUACGACUUUACAAGCAAAUAAUUGAAAUCAUCAAAAUCGUCUACUUUUUUCCGUUCUACUGUCUCGUGUACUUAUACGCACCCGGCGCUCAGAUUGGAAAAGUAAUGGAAAGACCGUUUAUGAAAUUUUUAAUUCAUUCAUCUUCCUAUCUUUCAUAUUUAGGUCUAUUGGUACUGGUGUCACAGAGGGCCGAAACGCAAUUUAUAGAGCUCUUCGGGUCCGAGUCUAUGAAUAAAAGUCUGCAAUUGCGACAACUCCGUCAACGAGGCAACGGGCCGUCGUACAUAGAGAUGUUGAUCUUGCAUUUUGUUAUCGGAUACAUCUGGCAGGAGUUACUGGACGUGCGCAGGGACGGCUUGAAGAGAUACCUGGCCCACAACGCUUGGAACUACGUGGAAUUCGCCAGGAACAAGAUGUACGUAACAGUGAUCGCGCUGCGAGUUUACGCUUACGUGACGGAAAACUCUCAAAUACUGUCCGACCCAUCUUCGGCGUUCAUUCCCAGGGAGAAAUGGGAAACUUUCGACCCACAACUCUUGGCCGACGCCCUGUUUGCCGCCUCCAAUAUACUGAGCGCUUUAAAGCUGAUCCACAUGUGUUCAAUAAGUUCACAUUUGGGACCGUUACAACUGUCGUUGAAACGCAUUCUGAUCGAUAUACUCAAGUUCUUCAGUAUUUACAGUUUGGUGUUAUUUUCAUUCGCAUGCGGACUCAAUCAGUUAAUGUGGUAUUUUGCAGAGCUGGAAAGGAAAAAAUGUUACAGUUUAAUAGAAGCCGGAUCGGGCGAGUCGUGCUCGAAAUGGAAGAAUUUCGGAAACGUGUUUGAAUCCAUACAUACUCUGUUUUGGACGGGUUUUGGUGAGGUUGAUCUCGAAACCUUUGAUCUACCUGGAAUGAAACCUUACACGAGAUUCUGGGCACUUUUUAUGUUCGCUACAUAUUCGGUAAUUAACGUCACAAUUAUGUUGAACCUGCUCAUCGCUAUGAUGUCCAAUUCCUAUUCUGUCAUUGAGGGUCAAUCGGACGUGGAAUGGAAAUUUUCCAGAUCGAAAUUGUGGCUGAGCUGUUUCGAAGAAACGCCGACACUUCCCUCGCCUUACAAUGUGUAUCCAACACUGAAACACUUCAAAAAGCUUUAUUGUUUCAUAUGGAAGAUUAAGAAAACUGUUUCGUGGCCUCGGGAUGACAAAGAUACUAAUUUCAUAAAUAGGAAUCAAAGGGAGAGUGAGUUUGCUACUGUAAUGAGAGCCCUCAUUUGGCGAUAUAUUUCUAUGAAACAUCGAGAAAUGGAAAACGUGGGCGUAACUGAAGAAGAUGUAAAUGAAAUAAAGUCCGAGCUCAGCACAAUGAAAUACGACUUUUUGGAAGUACUCCGGAAAAAUGGUAUGGAAGUGCCCAGCGAUCAUCGUAAAAAGACCAUGGACAAAAAAUCCAAAAUCUGGGAACGACGGUUGAUGUCGGACUUUUACGUAGCACCAGUGUUUCCGGGCGGAAGCAGUAGCAAUAGCAGCAUCGAUGAUAUUGUUUCGCUCGAACAUCAAUUGCGACCGAUCGAUCGUUUCCGUAAGGCUGUCCGGAUGGUGGCAGCCAACUCGGCGUCCGGCAGAUGGCGGACUACCAUAUGUGGCGUGUAUCAAAACUCGCCCAUCGGUACCACGGCCGGGCUCGGGUCGUUCGUCAACAAGCAGAACCUGAAGUGGGCCAUGAACGAGGUGUGGGCUCUGCGUGAAAAGCGUUCAUCGACGAGUUCACCGCCGCCGCCUGUGAAUGUGCAACAGGCUGCGAUUACGACGUCUCCGUCGUCGGCGUCGUACCCGUUCGAACUACCAGAGCGCCGAAGCACUCUGCGCGCGCUCAUCGAUGAGUUCCGCCGUGGUGAGCACCAACUCCACCGCGGGCCGGGCGGAGACGCUUCGUCGUGGGCCGCCGCAGCGCAGGUCCGUGGGCAACUGCUGAAGGCACCCGAGCCGCCACACCGCGGACCGCAGCAGCCCGCCAUGAAGAAAUCCGCGUCUGUCUGGUACGCCGCACCCCCUGCGCCCGACAGACCGUUAGUCACCCGGAUGAGCAUGCCCAACCUGCAAUCUGGAUCCACCUUCGACCGUCGCCAGAACCCUCAGAAAUUCCCCGGACCCAUACUCGAGUGA